CGAGGUUUAGAAAUUUAAAGUGAGUGUUUCACUGUCUGUGAACAAGGCACAUUGCUUAUACUUUUGUUUCCCUUACUAGCUACUGGUUCUGAUCAGUGAUCUUUACCGUAAUCUAAUAUGGCAACAACUGAAGAAACCCUGGCUGAGUAUGAGAAAAUGUUUGCGAACCGUUUUACGAGUGAAGAUGAGGAGUACAUGAAAACGGUUAAUAAGACUCAGGCUUCCCCUCCAUGUCUGACAGACUGGCUAAACUCCGGAUACAGGGAUAGCCGCUUUCAAAGCUAUAGUGGUGGCAAUGACAGCAGGAACUAUGAAAGGUCCAGACAUGAUAGCGGACGUGACCAUGGCAGACGACAUGGCGAGCAUGGAGACCGUCAUGGAGGUGACAGACAUGAUUCAUAUCAUCACCGAGAUGGAGACAGAUAUGGAGGUCGUUAUAGAGAUGACCGUGGUCACAGAGCUUACAACGAUCGUCAGAAACCUGCAACAGAAUAUGGUUCUCAUGGAUACUAUGAGUUUUUCUAUUGAUGGAAGAUCUGAUAUCAGUCAGAACACUUCAGUUAAAGAAACAUUGACACUGUGCUGUAAGAAUGUAUAAGUUGGCUGCUGAUGUGUCCAAAGAACUUUUCUUUUAACUAAGAUCAUCAUUUAAAGAAUGAGCAAAAGAGGAGCUAGAGAAGAUUUCAUGGGUGGGGAAAGGGUUUGAUGUAUUUUUUCCUGCUGCAUGGCUGUUCUCUCUCUUCAAGCUCAUUUGUACAUACUUGCUUUUUUUUUUGCUUGCUUAAACUGAAAAGUAUGAACAGCUGUAGACAGGCUAGUCAGCUAUUUUUCAUGUUAAUACAAGACUUUGCCAAACAGAGGCCAUACAGCACUUAAGGUAAAAUUCAGUCAAAUUGUUAGAGCACUUCUUAUACAACUGUCUUUGUUCAGUUUUAAUUUAGAGUAUAGAACAUUCUCAGAUAGCUGAGUGCAAGCUUUAGAUGUGUAUGGCUAGACGCAACCUUAAGUUCACUUGUGUCACAUAUCUGUGUGCCCAUUAUGUUGACCAGGAAACUAUCAACUGGGAUCAUCCUCCAAUUAUGGGAGAUGUCACAUUUAUUAACUUGUGUGGUAGACAAUCAGAUACUU